AUGCGACUGCCACGGCAGGCUACCGCUUCAACCCCCUCCACCACCGACCCCUCCGCCUCCGCCUCCGCAGCCCUCUCGCACCUCCCACAGCUCCUGCGCGACUCGCGCCCAUCGGACAUGCUCGACGCACUCGUCAAGUACGACAACAAAGACGCGCGGGGGACGGUGAGGCCCGUCGGCGAGUGGGAGGACGAGUGGCCGAUCUCGCCGCCGACGCGGGGAGGAGGGGGCGUCUUUGAUGGCGACAACGGGGGCGUAGGGCUGCCUGGUCCUGGGACAGGCACUACUCCCUCGCACCACCGAUCCGAUCCCACCCUCGCCGUCCUGAUCCCGCUCCUCGUACUCCUCACUCUCCUCCUCUUCCUCAUCUUCAUCCUCACCAUCGUCCUCCUCCGGCGCCGUCGCGGGAUCGAAUUGACAGACGACGGGUCGGGUCCGACGAACCUAGAGCGCGAGGAUGAGGUCGAUGGGGAGGGGGGACUGGAGGGCGUCGAGCAGAGGUGGUUGAUGACCGUUGACGAGCCGACGCGCGUGGGGUACAUGCGGGCGAAGGUCUGGCAAACGCAAUACCCACCCAACUCGCAACCGACCGAAAUCACCCUCACCCAAUUCCUCUCGAUCCAAGAAAAAGGCGUCUCAGCCUGGUCCUUCGAGCCAGACUACGAAUCCAACUCGUCCGUCUUUGUCCAAUCGCGCACCGAAAUCUCGUUCCUCGCGGACGGGUACGGGAUGGCGCCUGAGGAAGGAGGAGGAUCGUGCGUCCAGAGCAACCUCCCGAUCCCGAAACUGAACGACGUGUAUUACUUCGAGUGCAAGAUGUUUGAAAAGCCGGAGACGACCAACGUCUCGGUGGGAUUGGCGACGAAGCCGUACCCGUCGUUUCGACUGCCAGGCCUCAGCCGGUACUCGGUCGGCUAUCACUCUGCGGACGGCUUCAAGUCGCACUCGUUCCCCUUCACCUCGACCUCCUACGGCCCUCCCCUCCUCGAAGGCGACGUCCUAGGCGUCGGCUACCGCCCCCGAAGCGGGUUGAUCUUCUUCACCCGCAACGGCAAGAAACUCGAAGACGCCUUUGUCGGAUUCAACAAGCACAACGUCUUUCCCACCAUCGGCGCGGACGGACCUUGCUCCGUGCAUGUGAAUCUCGGACAGGCGGGAUUCGUCUUUAUCGAAGCGAAUGUCAAGAAGUGGGGGUUGGCGCCGCAGAUGGGGACCUUGGCGCCUCCUCCGGCGUACGGUUCGGAGGGGGGAAGUAUCCUCCUCGAAUCUGCGACCGCCGCCGCCGCUCACGCACCUGCAUCGUCCUCGACCCCGCCAAUCUCCCACCACCGCCGCACCUCCUCGCUCGUCGCCUCCGCCUCCUCAGCCGCCGCCGCCCUCUCAUCCCCCACACAGCCCAUCCGUCCCUCUCCACUCCGCCACUCCCACUCACGUCACACCUCGUCCGCCUCGUCCCGCUCGAAUUCGAACGGGUCGGAAGGCGGCGAACGAGGAGAAGAGGAGGACGUCCAUAACCCCCCUACGCCGGGGUUGUUGGAUAUCUCGUUGCAUUCUAUGCAUCGGUUUCCGGAUCCGGUGUAUGAGUCGGAUGAGGAGGAGCGGCGGGAUGAGGUGGCGAGCGACGCGGAGGGGGAGGAGGAGGAGGAGCGAGAGGAGGGGGAGACGGUGGCGCUUGUGAGCCCCAGGCAGCAGGUGGCGGCGGAUGGAGCGAGCGCGAGGAGCGUCAGUCCGCCCGCUUACAACCCUGUCGACCCCUACAUGUACGCCCCCGGAGUUGCCGAAACGAUCCUCGAAGACGCCUUCGCGGCCGCCGCAAACCAACAAGGUUCCUCCGCCUCACCAAUCACUCCCUCCACCGUCGCAGGCUACCCCGGUUCCUCCUCCGCCCGUCCUCCCCUCCCCGGUCUGUCACCUCAACAAGUCGCUGUCGUCGCGCAGUUCGCACAACAGAGGAGGCUGAUGCAGCAGCAGCUACAAGCGGGCGGAGGGGCGUCAGCGAGCGGGGCGAGUAGUCCGGGCUACGAGGCGCGGACUGCGGGCGCGGGUGAUGCAGGUGGAGCGGGAGGAACGGGAUCAGGAGGACUGGGAGGGCUGUUGGGUUGGUUGACGGGUCGGGCGCGGGCGGGCGCGACGCCUGAAUCGCGCGCUGAGCAGGGUCAGGCCUGA